AUGCCUACUGACGAACUCUCCGACAACUACGUGGCGGAGUUGUUGAAGAAAGAUGCGAGGUCAAGCUCGGCACGCUACGCCUCCGUAGGGCUUCAGGCCUUCCUGCCUACGAGGCCAACGGGUCAGGCUCCCAAGCCAAACACGCGAUUUCUCCGAAAUAUCCUGCGCGACACAGACAAUCACAAUGCAGCUCUUCUUGCAAAGGAGGCCGAGGAAUCAAGAGCAAGACUCAAGGCUCUUCGUGAAAGCGGUGGCCAAGGAAGCAACGAGCGAUCACACAAGUCGCGCGAACUAGAUCGGAGAAGCGGGGGCGCCGAGUCCAGGCCUUCCAAGCGACGGCGUACAGGAGAGAGCGACACAGAGUCGGACAGAGGACACCGCCGGCGGCGGGACGACGAGCGUGGCUCUCGCCGAUCGCGUCGUUCGACGCGCGACCAAUCGAUAGACCGGAAUGACCAUAGAGACAAGGGGAAACGCAGUCGCCGCUCAUACGAUAGCGAGGAGGAUCGAGAGCAUCGCAGAUCGCGACACUCGCACAGGAGUCGCAGACACCGCGAUCGGAGCGCGACGGAUGACGAUACCAAAGACGGUCACAAAUCUGAGCGACGCCAUCGGCAUAGGCACAGGAGCCGAUCAGGAAGUAGAGACAGACGACACAGGUCUCGCCGGGAGACACGGUCCGAGAGUGUAUCUGAAGAGGAAGAACGCCGUCACAAACACAGAAGGCGCAGAUCGCCAUCGAGAGAGGGUUCGAGGGACCGCUUAAAGGAACGGAACCACGAGAAGCAGAAGGAGCCCACCACGGAACGGCCACCGCGCAGUGCGAAGCCGUCAGCGUCGGAAUCUGAUCCCCUGGAGGCAAUUGUUGGCCCAAUGCCUCCACGCCCUCAACCCAAAGUCCGUGUGCGCGGGCGUGGAGCCAUGAGAGCAUCUUCCACGAUGGAUGCCCAUUUUGCGGCUGACUACGAUCCCUCGCAGGACGUGCAGCCUGGUUCAGAGGAUGAUGACUGGGACAUGGCGCUAGAGGCUUUGCGUGAUCGGCAGCGGUGGAAACAACAGGGCGCGGAAAGACUGAAGGCUGCUGGUUUCACGGAAGAGGAGGUAAAGAAGUGGGAGAAAGGAGGGGAGAGGACCGAGGAGGAUGUCCGCUGGCGGAAGAAGGGCGAGGACCGAGAAUGGGAUAGAGGAAAGGUCGUUGACGACGACGGCCAUGUUGAUAUCCGCGCUGAGUGGGGACGACUGAAGGGCACCACACACUCGCUAAGCGGAAAUUCGAACAACGGCCAAACCGCCUGCGCGACCCGACGGGACGACACCACCGACGACACCACCUCGAAGCUACGACAAUCGACGCCAACGUCCCUAAUUCAAGAUGAGUACGUUCCUGGCACCGAUGGCGACCGCGCGACUUUUCCUCGACGACGGCAGGCACUGACGACCACCACAGCGAAGGGUACCUCCAGCUUCGGCAAGCGCCACAACAAGACGCACACCCUCUGCAGGCGUUGCGGUCGCCGCUCCCUCCAUGUUCAGAAGCACACUUGCUCCUCUUGCGGCUACCCCGCUGCCAAGGUCCGCAGCUACAACUGGGGCGAGAAGGCCAAGAGGAGGCACACCACCGGUUCCGGCCGCAUGAGGUACCUGAAGACCGUUCCCCGCAAGGCCAGCAACAACUUCCAGCAGGGCAUCGCCAAGCGCAAGGAGAGGUCGUCGGCGUAG